UGGGUAGCAACUUCAGAAUACAAAAUAAUAAUUAACUCGUGAAAAUAAUACAUAUUUUUUUAAUCAAUAUGAUGACAACCUCGAACAAGGGAAUAAUCGUGACAACUCCAUCCAAGGGAUGCAUCCCAGCCCUUCCGUUCGCCUCGGGCCUCAGAACAGCCCUUGUCGGGAGUUGUCAACAUAUAAUUCCCGGGUUCUCAGUGUCUAAAAAAUACCACCACCACCAGAAGGGGAUUGCAGUCCAACUUGUGACGGUGGCGUAUGGUAGCUGGGUCUGACAUGAUGCCCGGUCAGAUCCCUGACCCUUCCCUGACGGCCGGCUCCUUGCCCAGCCUGGGCCUGCUGGCCGGCAUAUCUGCCACCACGCUCACCGACCAGCUCAAACUGGCACAGGACUUCAGGAACCUGGGCGCUAUGUUGUCACCGCUGCAUAUCCUGGGACGGCUGGGCAAGAGGCCGCUCACUGCUAUCAAGGGAGAGAUGGACGAGGACGAUGAGAGGAGGAGACGGAGGAGAGAUAAGAACAAAGUGGCAGCAGCACGAUGUCGGAACAAGAAGAAGGAGAGAACAGACUUCCUCCAAAGGGAGUCGGAGCGUCUGGAGGUAGUGAACUCCGACCUAAAGGCCCAAAUCGAAGAGCUGAGGAUGGAGAGACAGCAGCUAAUGGUGAUGCUCAACCUCCACCGCCCCACCUGCAUCGUCCGCACCGACAGCGUCAAGACCCCUGAGAGCGAGGCCAACCCCCUGCUCGAACUCCUGGCCGCCGAAAAGCUGGAGGCCUCUAAGUGAAACCACAGAGGAAAAGUGAAACCGAAGGGCGGGAACGAAGGAAGGAAUCCGACCACAAGAAAAACAACUGUCGUCAAAGAUGACGAAAGAUUCAAAAAAAUCACCUGAUGCUUUUGUUGUUGAAGCACUUAAUGUACUGUGUGUUGAGCGCCAAGCUGGAGACUCAAGUCUGCCUUUGCCCAAAACACCCGGGGUUGUUAGGGUUCCGUUGCCUCGGUAACACCUCGGUAACGUUACCCGAUUGGGUUCCGAGGGAAGAGGGAGGAGCCUAAAUGCCCAACCCAGUUAUCUCUGCGUCAUAAUAAGUGUUUUUGUUUUUAAACCAAGUCAGUGCCACACCGUUUGUUUACUGCAACCAACCACCAUUACAUUAAGGGACAGAUGGAAGAAGAUAUAUUGUGACAUAUUUAUAUAUCAGAUGGAAGAAGAUAUAUUUUGAUAUAUUUAUAAAUAGUGGAAACUAUCGUUUCGGAAGGGGAAACACUAAGAUCAAUCACUAUGGUGCUCUGUUACCGGCACUUACCGACUCUGAGACAAACAAAGAGGUUGUUGUUGUGAUAUUCUAAACAGGUAUAACUGUAGAGGCACACAGGUGUAUCCAGCUAGUAUACUGUAUACCACGUUGAAAUACACAGGUGUAUCAGGCCAGUAUACUGUAUACCACGUUGAAAUACACAGGUGUAUCCAGCCAGUGUACCACGUUGAAAUACACAGGUGUAUCCAGCCAGUGUACCACGUUGAAAUACACAGGUGUAGCCAGCCAGUGUACCACGUUGAAAUACACAGGUGUAUCCAGCCAGUGUACCACGUUGAAAAACACAGGUGUAUCAGGCCAGUAUACUGUAUACCACGUUGAAAUACACAGGUGUAUCCAGCCAGUGUACCACGUUGAAAUACACAGGUGUAUCCAGCCAGUGUACCACGUUGAAAUACACAGGUGUAUCCAGCCAGUAUACUGUAUACCACGUUGAAAUACACAGGUGUAGCCAGCCAGUGUACCACGUUGAAAUACACAGGUGUAUCCAGCCAGUAUACCACGUUGAAAUACACAGGUGUAGCCAGCCAGUGUACCACGUUGAAAUACACAGGUGUAUCCAGCCAGUGUACCACGUUGAAAUACACAGGUGUAUCCAGCCAGUAUACCACGUUGAAAUACACAGGUGUAUCCAGCCAGUGUACCACGUUGAAAUACACAGGUGUAUCCAGCCAGUGUACCACAUUGAAAUACACAGGUGUAUCCAGCCAGUGUACCACGUUGAAAUACACAGGUGUAUCCAGCCAGUAUACCACGUUGAAAUACACAGGUGUAUCCAGCCAGUGUACCACGUUGAAAUACACAGGUGUAUCCAGCCAGUGUACCACGUUGAAAUACACAGGUGUAUCCAGCCAGUAUACUGUAUACCACGUUGAAAUACACAGGUGUAGCCAGCCAGUGUACCACGUUGAAAUACACAGGUGUAUCCAGCCAGUAUACCACGUUGAAAUACACAGGUGUAGCCAGCCAGUGUACCACGUUGAAAUACACAGGUGUAUCCAGCCAGUAUACCACGUUGAAAUACACAGGUGUAUCCAGCCAGUAUACCACGUUGAAAUACACAGGUGUAUCCAGCCAGUGUACCACGUUGAAAUACACAGGUGUAUCCAGCCAGUAUACCACGUUGAAAUACACAGGCGUAUCCAGCCAGUGUACCACGUUGAAAUACACAGGCGUAUCCAGCCAGUGUACCACGUUGAAAUACACAGGCGUAUCCAGCCAGUAUACUGUUUACCACGUUGAAAUACACAGGUGUAUCCAGCCAUUAUACCACGUUGAAAUACACAGGCGUAUCCAGCCAUUAUACCACGUUGAAAUACACAGGCGUAUCCAGCCAGUGUACCACGUUGAAAUACACAGGCGUAUCCAGCCAGUGUACCACGUUGAAAUACACAGGCGUAGUACUAUUCUAGGAUUUGUUCAUUACCAAGUUGGAACAUAUUUUUAUUGCAUAUUAUAAUGCUUGUUGUUGUUGUUGUUGUUGUUGUUGUAUAUCCUCUGCCUUGACGAUGGAAGUAUCCGGUUGAUCCGAUUCGAGGUGACGCUGGCGUCAUGAAAUAAAAGCACAUACAUACUUUAUGAAAUAAUGUUUACACUCCUGUUGUUUAUUAAAAAUAAAAUUAAAAAAGGCAUUGUUAAUUCAAAUGUCUGUAUUUCAAUAUACUUAUUUUAGACUGUUUUAUAAGUGACAUAUAUAUUGUGUAUGAAAAGCCUUGUAAUUGUUGUAAUCACUUGAUGUGAUUUUUGUGUAUUUGACAUCAGUGUCUCGUUGUAUUUUUUUCAAUAUUAAAAGGACCCAGAGCAGUCAAAAAAAC